AUGGCCCAAAACGGCGAGACCGAGGCCCAAAGCCCAGAAACAUCCGAGCCCACCGACAUCCGCCCAGUCGGCGGGACGGAGUUCAGCUGGUGCAAGGCCGUUCCCAUCGGCACCGGCGUCACUGUGCUUAGUCUCCUCCUCUCGAAACCACCUGAAAUUACAAUUCUCCAAAAUGCCCUCCACAAUCUCCAAAAUGCCCACCCUAUCCUCCGCUCCAAGAUCCACCUCGACCCCUCUACCAACACUUUCCACUUCCUCACCCCUCCUUCCCCCAACGUCCAAGUCGAACCCUUCGAUCUCGAAUCAACGGCCCACAUCGUUCAGGCCCAGUCCAACGGCCACGAUGACACCUUCCACGCGCUCCUCGAGCACCAGAUGAACCAUGACACUUGGCGCGAUUACGCUCUACGCGACCUCGACGUGCUCCACGCCUCCGUAUAUAACGUGGCGUGCGACCGUUUCACCGUGUUCCUCCGCCUCCACACCGCCGCGUGCGACCGUGCCGCCGCGGUAGCGCUUCUCAGGGAGCUCCUGUGCCUCUUUGCCGGCGCCUGCGCCGUCGAGACCGAAAAAGAGACGGUGAGUUUGGCGAUCGAGGAUCUGAUCCCCGAGGGAAGGACGCACAAGCCGUUCUGGGCGCGUGGGCUGGACGUACUUGGGUACUCGCUAAACGCUCUCAGAUUCGCAAAUUUGAACUUCGUGGACGCUGCUUCGCCUCGAAGUUCGAGGAUAGUGAGGUUGCAACUGAAUGCUGAUGAAACCAAGAACCUUCUAGCUGGAUGCAAGUCAAGAGGGAUUAAACUUUGUGGGGCACUUGCAGCAGCUGGAAUGAUGGCCGCAUGGACCUCUAAAUGCCUUCCUAAUUACCAAAAAGAAAAGUAUGCUGUAGUAACACUUGUUGAUUGCCGCUCGCUUCUUGAUCCAGUCCUUCCCAACAACCAUGCAGCCGUCCCUUCGGUAGUCAUCAACAAAGGGAAGGGUAUGUUGGGAACGAAACCAGCAGCGUCCAACAGAAUUAUUCCAACAGAGGUUCCUUCUAUUGUACCUAAUUCCCGUUUUCGAAUGGGUAGGAAUCUAACACCUGUAUUCAUGAAUGAGAGGAGGGCUAAGGGCCAUUUGUUAUUGUGA